GGCGGCGCCGAGGCGGCGGUGACUCCCCGCGCCCGCCGGAUGGUUUGCAGGUGAUACAUGUGCAAGUGAUUCAAGUUUUUUCCUACAAGAUGUGUUCCACAAAUCCAGCAAAUUGGGUUACCUUCGACGAUGAGCCACUCUUCCAGUCUCCUCAGAAAUCAGCUGAAAAUCAGAGCAGUUGCAGAGCAAAUGGCCUUAAACUCAAUCUCUCUAAUGUACCUGAAUCCUCAAGUAGGUCAUCUUCUACAGGCAGCACUCCACUCUCCUCUCCGGUAGCUGACUUCUACCUAAGUCCUGGACCCCCCAGUAACUCUCCACUUACUACACCUACCAGAGACUACCCAGGAAGCCCAUGUAUCCCCAAGCCUGGGAUCCAUAUUCUUUAUCCUAUACCUGAGUGGCCAUCAAAAGAUAACUUUCUUCCAUCACCUGGGGUUUUUUCUUCCUUAACUUCGCAGAAACUGAGCAGCCCUCCCAUGAACACCUUGACUGAUGAUAAUCCAGUUAAGAUUUUAGUCUCCAAAUCAACAGAUGAAGGAAAUCCUAAUCUGCAAGAAAGAUGUGGUGAGUUGGAAGAGCUGUCAGAGCGCUUCCCUUACUUCCAGAGUGACUGUGCUUUUUCCAGUCCCUUUUGGAAAGAAGGAUGUUCGCUCAGCACAUCGCCACCUAAUGCUAACGCACAGAGGAAGGACAGAAAUGUUUGUCAUUCUAAAGAAAAAGAAACUUGCCAUGAUCAGAAGAGCCUUAAUCAGGGUUCCUUCAGCUACAUCUGUGAAAGGCUCGAACACUUGCAAACCGAUAGCUCUGACAGUGUGGGAAGCCUGCCCGCUGCCAGCACGCAUGCAUGGCACAACCUCUCAUCUGCUGUCGCUCACGGUCUGUUCAGGAGUCGGAAAGCAGAUGGAUGGCCGUUCAUGCUGAGAAUUCCUGAGAAGAAGAAUAUGAUGUCAUCUCGGCAAUGGGGUCCUAUUUACCUUAAAGUCCUAGCUGGAGGUAUACUGCAAAUGUAUUAUGAAAAAGGCCUGGAGAAGCCUUUCAAAGAGUUGCAGCUGCAACCACACUGUAAGCUUUCAGAACCCAAACUGGAGAGCUAUAAUGUUUCAGGAAAAAUCCAUACUGUGAAGAUUGAGUAUGUGUCUUACACAGAGAAAAGGAAGUACCAUCCCAAAGUAGAAGUGAUCCAUGAACCAGAGGCUGAGCAGAUGUUAAAGCUGGGAACCACAGAUUAUAAUGACUUUACUGAUUUCCUUGUAACAGUUGAGGAAGAGCUUAUGAAACUUCCUACCAUUUCUAAACAAAAGAGAAAUUAUGAAGAACAAGAAAUGAUUCUGGAAAUAGUGGACAACUUUUGGGGUAAAAUCACUAAAGCAGAAGGAAAACUUGUGGAAAGUGCUGUCAUCACACACAUUUAUUGCUUAUGUUUUGUGAAUGGAAAUACUGACUGCUUUUUAACUUUAAAUGAUCUACAGCUGCAGAAGAGGGAUGAACGUUACUUUGAGAAGGAGAAAAAGUGGAUUGAUAUUCUAGAUUACCAUUUCCAUAACUGUGUUAAAACACAGGAAUUCAAGCAAUCACGAAUUAUUAAGUUUACACCUCCUGAUGCCUGUAGGCUGGAGCUAAUGCGUUUCAAGACAGAGUAUAAUGGACAAGACCUUCCGUUUUCUGUGAAGGCUGCUGUUGUGGUUCAGGGAGCAUACAUAGAACUUCAGGCAUUUAUAAACAUGUCUUCAACUGCUCUGAUAGCAACACGUUCACCUUCUAUGAAAUACUGUGAAAAUGUUAUGAUACACUUUCCGGUUCCUGCACAGUGGAUCAAAGCACUUUGGACCAUGAACCUCCAAAGACAGAAGUCUCUAAAAGCAAAAAUGAAUAGAAGAACAUGCCUUGGUUCUUUACAUGAGAUUGAAUCUGAUCCUGUAAUACAAGUCUCAGUUGGAGCGGCAAAAUAUGAAAGCGCCUAUAGGGCUGUUGUGUGGAAGAUAGACAGGCUUCCAGAUAAAAACUCAAGUUCAGAUCAUCCACACAGUCUGUCUUACAAACUAGAGCUUGGAUCAGACCAGGAAAUACCUUUUGACUGGUAUCCAUUUGCUACUGUGCAGUUUGUGAUUCACGAUGCCAGUGCCUCAGGAACGGAAGUCAAGUCUCUGGGCAUAGAAAGUGAUGUGCAGCCCCAGAAACAUGUGAUUCAAAAAGCUUUUUACAAUUGCCAGGUUGAAAUUGAAAAGAAGUGGAUUAGGCUUGAUGGAGAAGAUCCAGAUAAGGCUGGCAACUGCCUAAUGCAGUAAAAAAGGACAGCAGGCACCAUCAUAUAAUAUUAGUAGGAAUCAAAUUCCGUUGGAAAUUCUAUUGCUAGAAAAGGUGCAGUGAUCUAGUUUAGGAUACAUACAAGUUAUUUUUAGUGCUUUGGGGUUUGAUUCUGCAGAUCAGUACUCAUUUGAUCAGCUGAUAUUCAAGUAAACCUCCUACUGUGGGAGAACUGGUGUGAGUAACGCUGCCUUGUGAAGGUUUGCAGGCUGUGAGCACUGAAGUGACUGAUCGUGAUAUAUUUUUUCUAUUGCGUAUCUAUGACUUAGGAGUGAUCUCAUACUCCGUAUUGAAAACUAGUGGCACCACUCAAAGAGUACACGGCACUUGGACAUACAAUAUGUCACUUGGACAUAAAAUAGUCGGCAAUAAAAACUGCCAGGAUGCCUACGUACAGACCAGCAUCUGUGCAAGGCCCAGCAGGACCAAUUAUACUUUUUAGCGAAGUUUGAAAAUCUGUCCCCCAUGUUUCUGCUCACCUCAAAAUACGUCAACAGAACAAGUUGUAAUACUACUUUUCUUCAAGUGCCCCAACUAAUGAGUAGAAACUGGGUGAUUUCAUUGGAGGAAUGGGAAAAGUUGCUCAGCAAUAAGAGUCUUCAUUUUCCUAUAGCUGCGAAUGUUUCCUCCCCAGCAUUUUGUAGGUUUGCUCGAUGUAAUCUCAUGGGCAAAAAACCCACAUGGCAGAUGUGAUUGAAAUUUCUGUACCAGCAUUAGACAAAUCUUUUUCACUACUGCAGCAAGUGAAACAAGGAACAGAUCCUCACUGCAUGUGAAUCAGUGCAGGUCUCUUAAAUUCAAUGAAGCUUUGCUAAUUUACACCAGCAGAACUGAAAAAAAGGAAAAAAAAAGUGGCUACCAGUUGCUCUGGCCCCCCUUUAGGCCUCAAGUCCCAGAUGUGGGUUGGGAGACCGCGGGCCAUGUUGCCCUGUCCUCUCGAGUACCUUCAGGAUAGAGGACAUGUCUUUCCACAUGUGGCAAGUGAGAUUGUUCCCAUGCUACCAGCUCUAAUGGGAUCUUUCUGUGGGGUAAGAACAGUGGACUAGACUGUCUCCAGGGAAUCGAAGCUGUGACACUUGAGCAGGCAACCUGAACUACUAACCCCUAUUAAUAUGUUUACUGAUUUUGAAUGCAUAUUGGAAUUUAGGGAAGGGUUUUAACAUUUUUCCAAAGCCAUUACCCCCUUUGUCAUUUUUUACAGGGGGUGACUCCAGGUCUGAGGAAAAUAAAAGAAAUCUGAUGAACUUAAAAAUACUCCUGAUACUAUUUUGCUGCAGUUUUCCUAAUAUUAUCCUUACUUCAAACUGAAAUUAUAGGAGAAUAAAAAUAUAGUAAUGUACUAAGUCUCACUUUAUAUUUUGUCACAGCUGUAACUGUUUAUAUGAACACUGAGUAAAAAUACAGAUAAAUUUUAUUCACCAGAAGUAGAAAUAUGUGGGAUAUGCCUUGAGAAAAUUCAAUCUGAGGAAACAGAAGGCCAUAAUAUGAACAUAGUUCAUCAUAAACUUUUUUCUGCCAUUUAGAAGCUGAGAAUGAAAUGGGUAAUAGAUUCUAUACUAAAUCCUGAGGGUAGGUUUCUUUAUGUGUAUUGCAUUACCAAAGCCCCAAACAGACUAUUGUGGUAUUUUGGCUUCUCUAUAUAUCCCAUUUUAUUAGCAGAUUAUAUUAUCAUAAAUCUAAGCAAUUCUUUAGUGUAGUAGUGAUCCAAACGUGUCUCAGAUGUUGCAUCUUCCAAAAGUGUUUUGACUUGAGAAACAAUUAGCACCUUCAAGUCAUGUUCAGUUUCUUUUAUUCAUAUUUAAUUUUGGUUUAUGUAGUUCUCAGCUGAACUAGGUGACAUAGUGUACACUAGGGCAAAAUGCGUUUACUUAGUACCAUGGCAGAGCUCUGCAAUUCACUUAACUCCAUAGCUAUACUAGAGCUACAAUAUCUAUUAACCUCUUUGUGCUCGGUAAGGUAGAGGAAGCAAAAUGCUUAUACAUUUCAGUUUCCUGCAUUAACCUUUGUCUGAGGCUGCCGGAUCUGCUGACUUGUUUUGACUGACAUUAACACAGUUAAUUCAGUAAAUCUGUUAGCGGUGUCCAAAGCAUGUCGUACUCAGCUGGCCCCAUCUUUCCUUUUUUAUUUUAAGUAAAAGGGUGGUCAGUCUCUCAAGUGACUUUUCCAUCUGAGGAUCCUCCUCCUUUGCAUGCAUUUUCUGGGCAUUCGGUGUCUGGUGUUGUUACAGCUCCUGCAAAAGCAAUGGCUGCAUUUGUUGGCCCCCCCCCCCAACACACACAUGCACUUUCUGCUGUCUCACAAGGUAUUUAAGAAACCAGUCUAGUGCUGUAGUUUCUUCUAGUUGAUCCCAUAAAAUAUGAUCUAUUGCUUUGAACAGCCAAAAUGAUGAACAGCCACACUGUAAUUCUGCUGUCCCGCUGGUGAGUCUGUAUUGUAUCUGGUAUGGUGCAAGCGAUAAUUCAGCCUUACUGAACUCAUUAACCUAAAAAGGUCAAGUUGCAGCAAUAUCUACUUAGCAGAAUCUUGGCUUUACAUCUGAGGCCUGCAAGACUCUCCGUUAAUGUUAAUAGGAACUGGAUCAAGAUCAUGAGGAAUUCAUUCCACAGAAAUAUUGCUACACUGAAAGGAACUUACUUUGUAUCAUGCAUAAUUUUCAGUUUAAAUCUGACAAUUAGCACAACCAAAGGCAGAAUUAAUUGCCCUGUUCAGUCUCAGACUGAUGUUUGUAUGUCUUGCUAUCAGAGUAUUUUUUAAAUAUGCUACAGUUAAAGAAAAAAUCGGAUUGUCUGACUUUUUUAAAUCAAAUUCUAACCUUUACAUUUUGUUGCAGCACACUAAAAUAGAAAUACCCUGGCUUCCCCUUUCUAAUUUUCUUUUACAUUCUCUGAUUUUCUUGAAUGUAGUCUAUUGAACAAAUAUUCCCAUUGUUUCAGUUUAUUUGCUAGCAUUUUCUCCAAAGCUAUAGCAGGUGGUAGUGAAUAAAUGUAUUGUUUUUGAUUCUUUGGAAAUCUGGGUUGUAUGUAGUCUAACUGUAUUUUAGGAGAAGAACGGAGGUGAGAAACAGUUCUUAUAAUCUGUUGUGCUGCUCAGGGUGUAGCUAGCAGAAUCCCAGGACUGGAGCUGUAAAUGGCCCCUGAGGUGCCUUGGCAUGGUGUGAGGAGCCUGGCUCAGUACAUGCCUGAUCUCUGCUUGCUCUAGCUCGUGCCUGCGCCACUGAAAUUCUGCCAGCUACAUGGGUCACUGAAAACACUAACACGGCUAACAUUUACUACAGAGCCAUAUUUAGGUAUUAGCUCUGUUUCUUUCACAAAGCAGUAGCAGGGUUUAGGGUAUUUUGUAUUUUAAACAGAAAUCAAUGAAAACAGCUAUUUUUGUAGCGUGACUUAUUUUCUAAAAGUGUUGUAUUUGCUCAGACAAGCUUUAUCUUUGCAUUAAUCUUUCUCAUACCAAUAGUAUUACUAUGCAUAAAUGGUACUCAAUGUAAUUUUGGAUUCAAACACUCAUUGAAGUCAAUGGAAGUCUUUUAACUGACAAAAUGGGAUCUGCAUCAAAGUCUCUAAGAAUGAAGGAGGAGAAGAAAAAAAAAAAGAGGGAGAAUAGUGAUAAUGAAAAGAAAAAAAGUACUGGAGAGGAUUCUUGACACUAGCAAAUAAGCAAUGUGCAAUGCUUGUUCGUUUCUGCCAGAAAAGAAAACAGAAGAGAGGGAAGGGAUUGUUACUGGGAGUCUAAGCUGUCACCAAUUCUCUGGCUGCCACCGUCCAGCAGCCCCCUAGAAAUGAGGGUGAUGCUGCACUCCUUUGAACAUAGCACCGAGCUGCUGUCGUCCUUGUGCUGCUUGCUUUUUUCCGGAGUCCAUAUUAAUUGUCCAAAGGUGCUUAACAUUUGAAAAAGGGUAUUUUUCAGAUGCUGCUUUUAGUUACACAUAUUUUACUUGCCAGAUUUCUUAGUUGCAGUACUGGCAGCCAUGCCUCUAUUCUAUACUUAAUUCUCUUUGUAUUGACUAAAUAUGAUAACUAACUGCUGGAGUUAGUAGUUCUUUCCUGUUACUUUAGUAAUUCAGAAGCAAUGCUGUUAUUUUUAAUGGAAAAAUAUCAAUUUAUUUGUUUGUUGUCAGUAUAAGCAUAAACAGAUCAUUCUGAUAAUCUUGUAAUAACAUUUUGUAGAUUGCUUAUUGAUUAAAAAAAUAAAGCUGUA